GGUCUCCUCUGAGCUGCUCUUGCAAAGCAAUUACAACAAUGUCUGAGCAAAUAGAAAUUGCAUGGAAACUGCUUGAUCUUCAUGAUUCCAUCUCGCUUUCCAAAUCUGAAAGACAAGUCAGAAGAACAGGGGGGCUGAAGCAAUGGCAGCUGGAGAGAUGUCCACACUUAAGCUCAUCAGUGACUCACUCUCUGGAAAACAAAAAGACCUUACUGUACGAGGCCGCCUGGAAAGGGGACGCAGAUCAAGUCAAUACCUUACUCAACUUUGGGAUAUCUGUAAACUGCCAAGAUUACAGAGGAUGGUCUCCAAUGCACAUAGCUGCAUGUUGUGGACAUCUAGCCCUUGCAAAAUAUCUAUUACAAAAAGGCGCUUCUGCUAAUGUCAGGGAUUCUUGGAAUUAUACUCCGCUUCAUCGUGCUGCAUGGAAUGGACACGCAGAAUUAGCUGAACAUCUAUUAGAGUGUGGCGCAUCUCCUGAUGUGUUGUCAUCUUCUGGGGAGACACCAAUGCAUCUAGCUGCAGGAAAUGGCCACCUUCCUUGUAUUAAAACGCUACUAAAAUACAAGUCUUCGCUCAGCAUCAGAGACAACAACAAAUGGACUCCACUGCAUUGGUGCUCUGUUAAUGACCACAUGGAUGUGUUAGAUUAUCUAAUGUCCCUUGGCAUUUCUUUAGAAAAAGACACCAACACAGGCAUGACAAUGCUUCAUUUGGCUGUACUGGCUGGAAAUAUACAAGUCACCAACUAUAUAUUAAAGAAUAAGGUGGACGUCAAUGUUAAGGACACCCGGGGGACAACUGCUCUACAUUUGGCAGCAGAAAAUGGUUAUAAAGAGAUGGCGGAGUUCCUGCUGAGAAAAGGUGCUUUUGUGCAUACACAGGAUGACAACCAGCUCACUCCAUUACACCGCGCUGCGGGGCGAGGUCAUGCUUUUAUGGUAAAACUAUUACUGCACAAAGGAGCUGAUGUUAACUGCAACGACUCAGUAAACCUAACAGCUUUACACCAUGCUGCCUAUAGGGGGCACAGUGGGGUAUGUUCCAGGUUACUUCAGCAUGGAGCAGACAUACAUGCCAGGGACUGGCUUGGAAAAACAGCGCUUCACCUGGCAGUAGAAAGAGGGCACGCUCAUGUGGUGAAAACGCUGAAGGAGUGCGGGGCUGAUCCCUGUAUUAAAACCAAGUGGAAUGAAUCUGCUACAGACAUGGCGGUACAAGGCAGCUACAAGGAUAUUCUUAACAUUUUAAACAUGGGUGGAAUGAAUUUAUGCUAAAAACAACUGUAAUAUCAAAGAUCAUAGAGUCCAUUCAAUAUAUUUUAUGUGUGUAUGUUAAUAAUAUGCUUUUAAUAAUUGGUAAAUUCAUUUAAUGCCUUAAACAGACUAUUGAAAAAAAUAACAUGGUCAAUUUAGCUCUCCAGCUAUGGCUAGGCACUGAUUCAAGCAGAGUGCUGCUCCAACAAGAAUCCACUAGGGGACGACUCCUUGUGCUGGACAUAGCUGGGAUACAAUAGUUACAGCAGUGAUUUCCAGUUGUAGAAACAUACAUUGUUGCCAUUCCCUUUAAGGCCAUGUUCAGACACAGCCUAAUUGUCUCAAAUUGUGAUGUGGAUUCUGCAUUGCAAAUCUACAGCAAUUUACGUCACAUUUCAAGCGGAUGGAGUUUUCAAAACCAAAUUCACAUGUAGCAGAAAUGGCCGAGGACCUAUAGCAUGCUCAUUCUCGUGCGGUAUUGUUUGGAUUUUCACUGCAGAUUUCCCCUUUUGAAAUGUAUGGGGUGAAAUCUGUAUGUAAAGACUUUUCUUCACUCGGACGUGUUAUGAUUACUAUGGUGGUUGGGUUUAAAAUGUUGUUUGGUGUGCACAUUAUUGCAACUUAGGUCUUAGUUACUUAAAAGAACUACUGCUACCCCACACCCCUUGCCGUCAUCAUGACUACACCGUCCUUACCCAGGAACUAACAGAACACAUUAACACAUUUGGAGCCAUGAAGCCACCACUCUCUGGAUCGCAUUACCUGGACCGAACAGACAUCAUCCUAGGACAUAUUUUCAUCAAGACUCAAAACGCACCAGUUCAGUUUGGUGCUUGAGGGCAGGUUUCACAUUGUCUACACAGGGCAUUAGAACAAGCUGAUCAGUUUACAAAUGUUUGCUGGUCCUAUAACUUGUCAUUUAUGAUAACUAUUAACAACAUGUCAGAAACUGCUUAUGUAUAAACCCUGCCUAAAGCCUCAGUAUCGAUCUGCAUCUGCGGUACUGUAUGAUAAUAUAUUUUCUACUGUAUGUUUCCAUAUGGUGUGUAUGGAUCCAAUAUGAGAUCUGAAAUAAGUGGGGAUGACAAACAUAGUCUUCAUGUUCCAGGUAUGCUUGAGUGGCAGUGCUCCUUAAAGGGGUUAUUUACUUUUUUCUUACUGAUCAUCUAUCCUUUGAAUAGGUGAUCAGCAUCUAAUCAGCAGGGGUUUGACACCCGGGACCCCCAUCAAUCAGUUAUUUGAGAAGGCAAUGGAGCUCGCAGUAGCAUCGCAGACUUCUCCCUGCUCCUUGCAGGCUAGUGACUUGGGAAUACUUCAAUGGGGCUCAGCUGUGCCCAGGCCACAUGGCUCCCCCACUGAUCAGCUGUUCGAAGAGGUCGCAGCGCUCUGUGAGCUGCGGCCGCUUCCUAGGCCAGUGAAAUCAUUAUACAAUGGUCAUGUGGCCUAGGUGCAGCUCAGUCCCUAUCAAGUGAUCAGUGUUGUGCUUGGUAAGCAUGAGGAGGCUGCAGUUCUCACUGGAUCUCUAGUGAGUGCAGUGGCCUCUUGAGGCAGCUGAUCGGACAGGGUGCUAGGAAUCGGACCCCAACCAAUUGAUAUUAAUGACCUAUCAGGAGGACAGGCCAUCAAUAUCAUAUUCCCAUAUAACCACUUUAAAGAGGUUGUCUAGGCUUUAUAUAUU